AUGGCCGACACCAACCCCGGAAACUUUGCCAACCGACCCACAGAAGAGGUCCGCGAGAUCGCGGCCAAGGGCGGCCAUGCCAGCCACGGUGGCGGCAUUGCACAGGAGGUCCAGACUGGCAACACUAACCCUGGUAACUUUGCGAACCGCCCCACGGAGGAGGUACGUGAGAUUGCGGCCAAAGGAGGUCACGCCAGCCACGGCGGCGGCACCGAGGCCGAGACCCACUCGGGCACCGGCAACACCAACCCCGGCAACUUUGCCAACCGGCCCAAGGAAGAGGUUCAAGAGAUCGCAGCCAAGGGCGGCAAGGCGUCGUCCGGUUCAUUCGAGCCCGGCUCUGAGAGGGCGCGCGAGGCAGGACGCAAGGGCGGUCUCGCAGGUGGACCCUACUGA